AUGCCUCUCGAGACAGUAUGGAUUUAUCUUUUUGUCAUUCUUCUAGUACUUGUAUUUAUGCUCUUUGCACUUGUAUACAUAAUAUGCAGGAAUACAGAACCUUAUCCAAAAGUACUUCGAUAUGGAGAAGAAAAAUAUUUUCUGGAUCCAAAUACUGGAGAAAAGACACUGUUUCCAUCUAUCCAAGAUGAAUGGAGUGUCAAUAUUAGCGUUAUUGUUCCUGCAUACAAUGAAGAAGAAAGACUGCCCCCAAUGUUGGACGAAUGUUUAAGGUAUUUGGAGCAGAGUAAAAAAGCAGGACUGACAUAUGAGGUGAUUGUAGUUAGUGAUGGAAGUACCGAUAAGACUGUUGAGGUCGCACAUUCUUAUGCUAAGAAGUACAAUACUGUACGAGUGCUAGCUUUAGUAAAAAACAGAGGAAAAGGUGGUGCCGUAAGACUGGGUAUGCAAAGUGCCAGGGGUAGUGUUUUACUGUUUGCUGAUGCUGAUGGGGCCACAACCUUUAGUGACUUGAAAAAACUAGAUGAAAGUCUGAAGCACAUUCUAGGAUUCGACUAUAUUACAUCACCAGACAAAACUGCAACUUCGCACGCAGUAGUCUGUGGCUCGCGAGCCCACCUAGAAGAGGAGGAAAAAGCCAAACGCUCCCUAUUUCGUUUACUACUAAUGCACGGCUUCCAUUUCCUCGUUUGGUUCUUUUGCGUAAAGAACGUUCACGACACACAGUGCGGUUUCAAGCUGCUGACGCGCGAGUCCGCUCGAGUCGUCUUUACGGCGCUACACGUUGAACGUUGGGCCUUUGACGUGGAGAUGCUCUACAUAGCCGAAACGCUAAAGCUGCCCAUAUCCGAGGUUGCCGUCGAAUGGCAAGAGAUCGAGGGCUCCAAGAUAGUACCUGUCUGGAGCUGGUUACAGAUGGGUCGCGACCUCGUGCUCAUCUCGCUCAGAUACAAGCUCGGUGCCUGGAAAAUUGCAAGGCCCAAGAUCGGUUGA